CCAUGAUGCCUCUGUACUUGCUCAAGUCAAACCUCACGACGGGAGGGGGGAGGGCUGAGACUGUUUGGCUUGUGACAGGAGGAGCAGCAGCGGCAGCGGCAGCAUGGACGAUGUCAGCCACUCAAAGUCACCACUCUGCGGGUGAAUGGUAGAACUACUUACAAGUUAGUGUCCGAAUUACGUUAUAAAGUUAGCAUACGGCCACAGUGACGCAUUUGUUGUACAAAAAAAAAAAUGAAUGCGAGCACUUGUGUAGCAGCGAGCUAACGGCUAGCUUGUGUUAUCUAACCCAAUGUUCGGCUAACUUUCAUGGUUAAAGGUGACUUCGGGGAAUAUCCAAUUUUCGUCUUUAAAAAAACGCAACAAGGGCAACUUUUCCAAAGUAUUUGAAGUGGUGCCGGUCUCAAAUCAGCUCCCUGAGCCCCCAAGUGGUGCGAUUCAUGAGUACGCUUCGAUACUUCGGUGUUUAGUUCUCGGGCAUGGGGAGUGGAGUCCAGGAUCAACAUGCAGCACUCACCCAGGGAGAAGUGCCGACGCCAGUCUCCCCUCAGUCAGAAGGCCUGAAACAGACUCGCUCCGUCAUCAACUCGCUUUUCUCGGGGGCUUUAGCGGGUGCUGUGGCCAAAACAGCUGUUGCUCCGUUGGACCGGACUAAAAUUAUCUUUCAAGUGUCUUCAGCAAGAUUCUCUGCAAAAGAGGCCUACAGGUUAAUUUACCGCACUUACCUUCAAGAUGGGUUCUUCAGUCUGUGGAGGGGCAACUCUGCUACUAUGGUGCGAGUCAUCCCAUAUGCUGCCAUCCAGUUCUGUGCUCACGAGCAGUAUAAAAGCCUCCUGGGAGACUACUACGGCUUUCAGGGGAAGGUCCUCCCACCACUCCCGAGGUUACUGGCUGGAUCAAUGGCAGGCACCACUGCAGCCAUGUUGACGUAUCCUCUGGACAUGGUGCGAGCUCGAAUGGCUGUUACACCAAAAGAAAUGUACAGCAACAUCCUGCAUGUGUUUGUGCGGAUCUCCCGUGAAGAGGGACUGAAGACCCUGUAUCGAGGUUUUACGCCCACCAUACUCGGUGUGGUCCCCUACGCGGGUCUCAGCUUCUUUACCUACGAGACACUGAAAAAGCUUCAUGCAGAGAGAAGUGGGCGUCCACACCCCUACACCUAUGAAAGGCUAGCCUUCGGGGCCUGUGCCGGCCUCAUCGGUCAGUCGGCCUCUUACCCUUUGGACGUGGUACGGCGGCGCAUGCAGACAGCAGGGGUCACGGGUCACACUUACGGCACCAUCCUGGGCACCAUGAGAGAGAUUGUGUCCGAGGAGGGUGUCGUCCGUGGACUCUAUAAAGGCCUCAGUAUGAACUGGGUCAAGGGGCCCAUUGCGGUAGGGAUCAGCUUCACAACCUUUGACCUCACUCAGAUUCUCCUGAGGAAGCUCCACGAGAUGGGCUACACAUCCCGGUAAUGGUGAGAAAACACGGGACUUCUGGAAGUUACAGUUUCACUGGGUAUGGGCGAGUGUGUGUUUGGAGUGUGUGUUUUGCGUCAAUGGAGGCAAAAGCACACACUCACAAUCAGUGGAUAAUGUGUUCUAACGUGCUUCCUGAAGAUGUGACUAAGCUUCUUUACACUUCUGUAAGUGCUCUCGUCAUGUGCAUCAAAGUGCAAUAUGGUCUGUGGUUUUUAGCCGUACGUGUGGGCACUAAAGCUAGUGGGACUGCGACCGUAAACAUUACAUACAAGCCGACGGGCUUCUAGCUACCUUGUCUGUGUAAAGGGACGCCUUCCGAUGCAAUGCAAACUGACACUUAAUCACUGUCCAUGUUACGUUCAAUAUUAAGAGAUUAGACCUUAAAUAGGGUUUAUGUGAAAGAUGUAGUAGAUAAUAAGGUAUUUCAUGCCCAAAGUGACCUAAACAUUCAUUUCAGUGUUUGCUUUAAUAGAUUUAUGGUGCAAUUCAAUAUAAAUUACAUGGUUUGGAUUGUCGUAAAAAAAUAGGAAAAGUUAUGAAUUUUGACUGUUGUUUUUCCAAGUCACGGAAAUAUUGCGUGGAUAACAUUAAUUUAGGAUGACUUUUUGCCGCAACACCGUCUUGUCUUUUAACGUGCUCCAUGCGGCUUCAAACCUCAGCCAAAAACCAUGUACAAGUUUGAAUGAGGUGAGUAAAACAAUAAAAUACAGGCCCAUCCAAAAGUAUUGCAACAGCAAGGGGGGCUGUAUACUUAAGACAUUUGGGGUUCAUAUCAUAAGAUGAAUGAGACAAAAGUUCAGAAUUCCAGCUUUUAUUUCAUGGUAUAUUUACAUGUAGACGUGUUGAACAAGUCAGGACAGACCACCUUUUGUUUGAAGCCACCCACUUUCAAGCGAGCAAAAGUAUUGGAACGUGAUUGACACGCGUUUCUAGUUUCUCAGGCGUCGCCUUUUAGAAUGAUUGCUUGUUUUUGGCUUUGAGUUGCACCUGUGAAAACUGCAUUUGCAAUUAAGCAAACAUGAAGACCAGAGAACUGGCUGUGGGAGAAAAGUGAGCCAUUUUGAAGCUGAGAGAAGAAGGAAAAUUUAUCAGAAUGAUUAUAUAAAUGUUGGGCAUAACCAAUACAACUAUUUGGAAUGUCCUGAAAAAGAAAAAUGCUUGUUUACUGAGCAACACACCAAACAGGUCGGCCAAGGGAAUCAACAGCAGUUGAUGACAAAAACAUUCUAGGAGCUGUGAAGAAACACUUGAAGAUAACGCUCAAUGACAUCACUGCCACCCUCCACAUGGGAGGUGUGAAGUGUCACAAAACACUGUUCGAAGAAGACAUGGAGGGAAGAAAUAUACAGUACAUGCCAAAAAACAAGAUGCAAACCAUUCAUCAGAAAAAAAUGAAGGCCAAAUAGGAUUUUGCAAACAAGUAUAAAUAUGAAGCACAAAAGUUUUGGAACAAAGUUUUAUGGACUAAUGAGACCAAGAUUGACUUCUACAAAAGUAAUGGAAAGGCCAAAUUUUGGAAAAAUAAAUGAUCUGCUUAUGAUCCAAAGCAUACAAGCUCACCUCUGAAGCAUGGUUGAGGUAAUGUCAUGGCCUGGGCUUGCAUGGAUGCUUCUGGAACUGGCUGAAUAGUCUUUGAUUGUAUAACUCAUUAUGGUAGUACUACAAUAAAUUGUAAUAAUGGCAGUCUGGUGAAGUCAGUGGGUCACAGGCUUGAGGCAGUUAUUGCUAAUCAGGAUUAUGUCACCCAAAUAUUAAAUGUUAUUCACUUUAAGUUAAUUUUAUAAUGUUUCUCCAAAUAUUUUUCCUCAUUUGAAAAGUAGGUAGCUUCAAACAAAAGGUGGUCUCUCCUGAGUUGCCCAAAACAUUUAGAUGCACGAGUAAGUAUUAUGAAAUGAAAACGGAAAUUCUGAACUUUUGUCUCAUACUCAUCUUUUGAUCCAAAACCCAGAUGUCUUCACUAUACAACAAAAAAAAAGGACUUAAUGUUGCUGUUCCAAGACUUUUGGAUGGAUUGUCUUUUACCAAGAUUGCGACAGUUUGGUUACACUGAAACUAAAACGGUGAUCAACUCAAAUGCAAAAUAACCAGCAAACACUCGUAUAUGUAUUUACACUACAAUACAGUUCAGAGCGCUCAAUAAAUAAGUAAAUACAUUUUUAAAAUGGGUAGAUGAGAAUAAUGUGGCUCUUUUAAAGCAAAUAGCCAGAGAAGAGAAAACAUUUGAAUCAUAUAUUUUUGUUUUUGUUGCAUUUUAAGUAUGGGCCAACAAAAUGAAAAGACGCCAAGGGUUAAGAGUGGCCCCGUUAUUUUAUCAUCAAGUUGUACUGUAUCAUCUCAUAUUUUCCGCCAUACAUUUGUACCUUUAACCAUCUGACAUUAGCGGUAACGAGAAACAGGAGUUGAUGAUUUUUUUUUUCUCAUUUUAUAGAAGUUACAAAUCAGUCGAAUUAUUGUUUCGCAUCACAUUUUCAUUUUUAUGUAUGUUGUGAUUGUUGGCCAGUUUUCGUUCAAGGCAAACUCGGAUAUACCGAAUGUUUGAGUAGACUGAGCAGGAGGGGGCACUCAAGUGUCUUUUAAACAUGAGACAAUCUUAACAUUGCAGCUGGUUAACACCCCUCAAGUAUUUAUUGCAUGACACAACAUAGUGAAAUGCGACUAUAUCUGAAUAAUAUAUCAACUUAGGAACACAACUUGAAUUUAUCUUUUUUUGGUAGUCUAUAGCUGGGCUUGGGUCCAGAGACCCCUAACAGAAGAAUUUCUUCCAGGAAUAACCUCAUAAUCCUAACACCAAUUAAUUUAACUACCAUGAUUACCCCUUAAUGCAACAGCAAUUUUACUAAUUUUCCAUAGUAAGUUUACGACGCACACUCACAUUUUAUGUUUGGGGUCCUUAAUUUUAUGUGCUGAUACAUCACAAUUAUCAGAGCUUUUGAUUGGCUCAAUGCUUAGGUAGUAAUUGCUUUAUCAUGUUUUUUUCCAUUGGCUGCCAGUCCUCCUUUGGAGGUAUGCAGUCUUUAAAAUGUUCUGACAUAAUAAUAUCAUGCAAGUUAUUUUCCGGACCCAGCCAAGCUACACGCCUGACUGCCCCCAGACCGGAGUUUGAGAACCCCUAGUAGAACAAAUGAGGAUUAAUAUAUGGAAAGGCUUUCAGUUUGUAGUUUCAUCUCAGGAUCUGCGAUCUCACUGAGCAUCUCAGUAUUGUGUCUCUUAAGUGCCUUGUGAGGAAUAGUUACCGUUUCCCUAUGAGCUACCUUUUUCAAAAAGAUGUUCAUUUUCUAUUUUUUGAUGGUGUCCAGUUUGGAGUUGGUUUCUCAGCACUCUGAGUGAAUGUAAUUCUUCAGUCCACUUUUUUUCUGCAUGGUUUUUGUAACGCCGAUUACGUCCUUAGUGGGGGCAGACACACGAUCCAGGUUUACAAAUCCCGUCUAACCAACUCGUUAUGGGAGUGUUUUUUGAUGUACGUGACUGAAGGGGUGUCGCCAAGGAUUUGGGGGCCCCCGCGACAAUGCUGCAAAUUGAAAAGAUGAUUUUCUAUGGCCCCUUAAAAUUGUCCUCACUUCUUAGUCUACGUUUGCACGAUAUUCCCAGCGAUCACGGCAGUCACGAAAUGUAACUGAGCUGUAGGAUUUGGGCUAUUGUCCAGCAUGACAGCUAAAUGCUGCUUCACCGUGUUUGCUUUGGACUCUGUGCUCCAGUCCGGGCCUAAUCUCUAGAUCUCAGAGCCUAACUGGGUUUCUAUUCCUUGAGCAUUUCUUUCAUGUAUUCAAGACGUAAACCAUUUCUUGAUUUAUAGACCAGUAGCGUAACCUUAAAGUAUAUUCAAGAGCUGACUUUGGAAUUGGAGUAAUAUGUUCCGAUCGCUUUGUUCUGGUCAGAACCUGAGCUGCAGAUAUUCUGAAUGAGCAGCAGCUGUUUAAUGCUCAUCGGGGAAAUUGCAGUCUAAAAACUAGUACAGUAGUGCCUCGGUUGUCAACCACAGGAUUGUGUGAAAUGUUUGAAAUCCGAAGCGCGUUUUCCCAUUUCAAUUAAUGGAAAAUGAAAUAAGGUGUUCCAAGCCUAAAAAAUGUUUUUUGUUUGUUUUUGUUUUAGAUUUUUCCUGAUAAUAAACUGCAUAGUAGAAAUACAUGUAUGGUUUCCAUACUUUAUAUAAUUAAAUCAUUUCAGAAAUAUAUUUCUUUUUUGCUUAAAAUGUAUGCAUUAGUAGUAGAUUAUGCUAGGCUGGGACUGCAUUGCCGUCUCUGUAGCGACUCGGCCCCCAGCCUUGUAAACCUUUUUUUAUAAACAAAAGUGCAGAAUAACUUUAAGCAAGCAAUAAUGAGGAGGGGGUGGGGGAACAAAGACAAAUUGUUUUUUUUUUUAUUUGCGAAGAAAGUAACAUGUACAAAAAAUUCAACUUGCAACUAGAGGUAGGGUUAAUGGAACAAAAGAAAAAAAGCAAUGCAAAACGUUCAACUAACUGCUAACUGCUGCUCAUUUAUGAAAAUAAGAAGCAACUUUUCCACUUCCUCCAAAAUCUGGUCAGUCAACACGGUUGCUCCUUUAGCAACAUCACUGGCUUUGAGGAUAUCCUUUUGUUUCAGAAUGGUGCUGAUCGUCGAUUUCGCCACGCCGUUCUCCCUCAAUAGCUCAGAAACGCACGCACCAGAUUCGUAUUUGGCUGUCAAAUCCUUCUUGAAGUCAACAGUUUUACGCACAACUUUCUUUUUUUUCAGGACCAGCAGUUCCACUUGCCUUCUUUGGAGCCAUGAUUUGGGGUUAAUAUUGCUCAAUUGGAAGAAAAAAAGUUCCUACCGGGACACGUACGGGUGCAGAGGCUGCGUUAUACACGAAGAGCUUCGCGUGUGGGUCAAACGGUUGCGUCGAGCGCGUUAUGUCCGGGUUUUUUUCGGGGGUCCGUUCGAAUUCACAAUAACAUCGUCGUGGAUAAGUUGGUCGGUGCGUUCGAGUACCGAUUUUCGUUCGAAAACGGAAGCCAAAAAAAUCUCAAAAUUUUUGUUCGAAAAUCGAUUUGUAACGAAAACCGAGGUACCACUGUACUAAAUAGCAAGUCAAGCUGGCCAUGGCGUUUGCCCAUCCCAUCUCCCCUGCGUUACCUCACAACUCCCCCCCGUUUGUGUACAACGGACUGCAACGGAGCUGCCGUGGCUCCCGGGAAGGUGGAAACGUAGCGUUACACGUGAUGACUAUCAAAUAAUCUAUUUUGAUUUCACGGGCAAUGACGUCACAUCGUUUUUCUGAACUGACAUGAUGAAAUAUUCAACAUUUUAAAAUCAGUGAACCAUUUUGAUUUCUUGCGUACCUCUGAGUACACUGUAUGUAUUUGCAUGGUGUGCAUUGUUUCAAGUGCAGCGUGCGUUCAGAAACCGCUCUGUUAGUUCCUGUGAUCGGUGCCAUCUGAGUGUUUAUGUGUACCUAAUCUCGACGCUGCGUUCGGAUCGACUGUUUUAAAUGUUCAUUAAAAUUGGUUGUUUACUAAA